AGGAAAACGGCAGCGACGAUGCGAGAGCAGAGAUAUUUCGGGAUCCGAGCUUUACAGCGGGUACGGCCGUGAAUCUUGUGCCUCAGUAGCCCCGGCCAGCCACAGCCACAGCCACAGCCAGCCUGCCUGUCAGCCAACGAGCGCAGUCGUCGGACGUGUCGGGUGUAUAGAGCGCGUGCUAGCCCAAUUCAACUACACAAAUCCCCGUUGGAUUUACUCCAUAUCUGACUUACUUGUACUCAACUACAACCGAACAUGUCAGCCAAUCUGUACAGAUCGCCAUCGCAGGCCGCUGUUUACAAGUCACCAUCAAUGAGCGCUUUUGGCGCACCUUUUGGCAGCAUGUCUGUCGCCGAUCUUGGCUCCCUUACUCGUCUUGAGGACAAGAUCAGGCUUCUCCAAGAAGACCUUGAAUCCGAGCGUGAGCUUAGAAAUCGAAUCGAACGCGAACGUGCUGAUCUCAGCGUACAACUGAUCGCACUGACCGAUCGUCUUGAAGAUGCUGAGGGAACGACCGACAGCCAAAUCGAAUCAAACCGUAAACGCGAAGGUGAACUGAUCAAACUGCGCAAGCUGCUGGAAGAAUCACAACUCGAAUCCGAAGAUGCUAUGAAUGUGUUGCGUAAGAAACAUCAGGAUGCAUGCCUUGACUACCAAGAUCAGAUCGAACAACUGCAGAAGAAGAACGCCAAGAUCGACCGCGAACGUCAACGCCUUCAACAUGAGGUGAUCGAACUUACAGCCACCAUCGACCAGGUGCAAAAGGACAAGCACGCCGCCGAGAAGGCUGCCGAACGAUUCGAAGCUCAGACCAUCGAACUAGGCAACAAGGUUGAAGACCUGAGCAGAAAUGUGAAUGAUCUCGCCCAACAGCGCCAACGCCUUCAGGCUGAGAACAAUGACCUUCUCAAGGAAAUCCACGACCAGAAAGUGCAACUCGACAACUUGCAACAUGUCAAGUACACUCUCGCUCAGCAACUCGAAGAGGCUAGACGCCGUUUGGAGGAUGCCGAGAGGGAACGCUCCCAGCUCCAAUCUCAGCUCAACCAAGUACAGCUCGAGCUCGACUCUGUCCGUACUGCUCUCGACGAGGAGUCGAUUGCUCGUUCGGAUGCCGAGCAUAAGCUGAACCUUGCUAACACUGAGAUUACCCAGUGGAAGAGCAAGUUCGAUGCUGAAGUCGCUCUGCACCAAGAGGAAGUUGAAGAUCUGCGCAAGAAGAUGCUACAGAAGCAAGCUGAGUACGAGGAACAGAUCGAGAUUAUGCUCCAAAAGAUCAGUCAGCUUGAGAAGGCCAAGAGCAGACUUCAGUCCGAGGUUGAGGUGUUGAUUGUCGACUUGGAGAAGGCACAGAACACCAUUGCCAUUCUCGAGAGAGCUAAAGAACAGCUUGAGAAGCAGUGCGCAGAGUUGAAGGUACGUAUCGAUGAGUUGAAUGUGGAAUUGGAAGCAGCCCAACGUGAGCUUCGUGCUGCCAAUGCUGAACUGCAAAAGAUGAAGCAUUUGUACGAGAAGGCCGUUGAGCAGAAGGAAGCACUUGCCAGAGAGAACAAAAAGCUCCACGAUGAGCUUCAUGAGGCUAAGGAGGCUCUUGCUGAUGCCAACCGCAAACUGCACGAGCUUGACCUGGAAAAUGCCCGCCUUGCUGGUGAGAUUCGUGAGCUGCAAACUGCCCUCAAGGAAGCCGAUGCUCAACGUCGCGAUGCCGAAAAUCGUGCACAGCGUGCACUUGCUGAGCUCCAAGCUCUUCGUAUCGAAAUGGAACGCAGACUUCAAGAGAAGGAGGAAGAGAUGGAAGCCCUGCGCAAGAACAUGCAAUUCGAGAUUGACCGAUUGACCGCUGCUCUGGCUGACGCUGAGGCUCGCAUGAAGGCAGAGAUCUCCCGUCUGAAGAAGAAAUACCAGGCUGAGAUUGCUGAAUUGGAAAUGACCGUUGACAACCUGAACCGUGCCAAUAUUGAAGCCCAGAAGACCAUCAAGAAACAAUCCGAGCAGCUCAAGAUCCUACAAGCAUCUCUCGAAGACACUCAACGUCAACUCCAGCAAGUCCUUGACCAAUACGCUCUUGCUCAACGUAAGGUUGCUGCACUUUCGGCCGAACUCGAAGAAGCCAAGACUGCCCUCGACAACGCCAUCCGUGCUCGCAAGCAGGCCGAAAUUGACCUUGAGGAAGCCAACGGACGCAUUGCCGACCUUACCGCCAUCAACAACAACCUUACCUCGAUCAAGAACAAACUCGAAACCGAGCUUUCUACUGUUCAAGCUGAUCUCGAUGAGGUUACCAAGGAAUUGCACGCUGCUGAUGAGCGCGCCAACCGUGCUCUUGCCGAUGCUGCCCGCGCUGUUGAACAGCUCCAUGAAGAACAGGAACACUCAAUGAAGAUUGAUGCUCUUCGCAGGUCUCUCGAGGAACAGGUCAAACAGCUCCAAGUACAGAUCCAGGAAGCCGAAGCCGCUGCACUUCUCGGAGGAAAACGAGUUAUUGCCAAGCUUGAGACCCGCAUCCGAGAUCUUGAAACUGCUCUCGAUGAGGAGACCCGUAGACACAAAGAGACGCAGAAUGCCCUGCGCAAGAAGGAUCGCCGUAUCAAGGAGAUCCAACAGCUCGUUGAUGAAGAACACAAGAACUUUGUCAUGGCUCAGGAUACCGCCGAUCGUCUCCAAGAAAAGUUGAACAUCCAGAAGAGACAACUUGCCGAAGCCGAAUCGGUUACGAUGGCCAACCUCCAGCGAGUAAGACGAUACCAACACGAGUUGGAAGAUGCGGAAGGUCGUGCCGACCAGGCCGAAUCUAGCUUGCACCUGAUCCGCGCCAAGCACCGCUCAUCCGUUGUUACCGGAAAGCCCGGAGCUAGCAAGGUCUACGUGAUGGAGGAUGAAUACUAAAUGCUCUCGACCAACCGCUGCCCAAUACACCCCUCUCCAGCCUGUGUUGGCUUCGCUCAACUAGUGAGCCGAUGCCUGCCGCUCUGCUCUGUAUAUUGUUGGAUGUUGUAGUGCUAUAGUAUGCGCGUGGCCACCCGCAUCUGUCUCUUCCGUUUUCGUCGUCCCUUCCUCUCUGUGUUCAUGCAAAAAAUAAGAGAACUUUCUCUUCCAUUUAUUAGCCAUACUUUCUCGCUCGCGAUCGACCCCCACCCGCUGUUAUCGAGUGGCGCCAUGGUGGCGCCAAUGUGGCGUCUUCAGACACCUGCGUUUUUCUUCCAAAUCAUUUCGUCUCUGCCUGUCUUUUUCGUUUACGUAUCGGUCGGGAGUGGUGUGCGAAAGCGCUUUCCACGAAAUCCUUUUGCUUCAACACUCAUCCCGUCAUCAGCCACACAUAUGCUCCCCUGCUCCCCCAGAUAUGCUAUGUAUUUCGCGUAAACAGGAUUAUGGAAAGGAUUCUUAUUGAAAGUGCCUUUGACAACCCGUUUAGCUACAAUUCUUUCUCUCUCACUCUCUGCCUUAUGAAGUGUUGAACGAGUAAAUGAAAAUCAUGUGAAUUGUCG